GUCUUCUUCUCUAAUAUAACCUCUCUCUCCCACUAUUCAUCGUCCUUAAACUUUUCCUUUUUCUUGUUCAAAUGAAUCCAAUCUCUCAAUAAAGCUUUCUUCUUUCUCCUAUUUAAUCCAAACCCAUUUCGUAUAAACGUCAAAAAAACAUUAUCAAGAAUACAAAAAAAACAAAACAAAUAUGGUUUAUGUUAAUGAUCAAGAUCGGUUCUGUUCUUCUACACCUAAGCUUCCUCUGUUUUCAUAUCCGACAGAUAACAUCAGAGCAUACGAAACUCCAGGGUUAGCUACACCACCGGUUAAUAUCGCCGGAUCUGUUCCUUUUCAAUGGGAAGAAGCUCCGGGGAAGCCUCGCCGUAUUAAGAAACCAACGAGGUCGAAUCACAAAGGUGUCGUGAGAUGUCUUGACCUUCCUCCGAGGCUACUCUUACCGGGAGAAUCGAAUACGGCGAACGAGCCUUCUCCGACCACUGUUCUUGACGGUCCUUACGAUUUACGUCGUCGUUCACUGUCGCUACCGAGAUCCUCGGCUGUUAUUAGGAAGCUUAGAGGAGUUCCGGCGCCGGCGCCGGAGAAAGAACAGAGGUUGUUUGGUGGGUCGAGUAGAUGGGGAAGUUUUGGGAAAUGUAAAGAAGUGUCUGAGGGUAUAUUUGACUUUACACGUUUUAGAGACGACGGUUAUCAUUACCGGAAGGAUUGGGCCGGUGGAGGAAGAGGAGGAGGAAAAGUUGAUUUCGCCGGCGGCACAAAAGUGAAACUUUUUACGAGUAAAAUAAAAGGAAGCUUUUUUAAUCUUUCUCAUACAACAAAGUCUGAUUUCUGGGCAAAGGUUUACGAAGGGUUUAAGCAAGUGAUUCCAUGGAAGCGUAAACAAGAGAAUCUUCAAAGAACCAACUCUUCCAUUAUUUAAAACUCGAAUCUCUCUUUGAUAGUUUGGUUUACUAAUUAAUCUUCUUCUCUCUUUGUGUGUAUACUUUAUUAUUUAUACAAAUUUGUCCAGGAGACAAAUUGUAUUACAUUUUACUAUGCUAACUAGUGUAUUGGCCUUUUAACCCAAAAAAAAUGAUAACUAGGGUAUUUAUUUUAA